UAGCGUCUUUGCGUUGCGUGGUUACUGCUGAUAGUACGGUUUCGUCUGAAUGAGUCCGAUUUAAAAGUAAGGUUUUCUGCAGCAGAGAAUGAAAGGGCUUUUGUUAUAUCUAUAGAUAGAGUAUCGAUUUACUGACAUCAGUAGGUUACUGGAUGCUUUCGAGGACCUGAAAAGUAUUUAAUAUCUUUAGAGACUUGUUUCACUUUGAUCCAGAUAUUAAACAUGUCGACGAUGCAUUAAUCCAAUAUGUUUUCUACAUGAAGUGACAGUAAUCAGAGCUCGGCUUACUCUGUGAGAACUCUUGCUAGUUUUGAGACAUGGCUGGAGAUAUCGCGUCCCUUUCUGACCUGGAUCAAGAGAAAUACGAUGCAGACGAACAAGUCAAGAUAAUUUGUUUAGGUGACAGUGCUGUUGGAAAAUCCAAGUUAAUGGAAAGAUUCCUAAUGGAUAGCUACCGUCCUCAGCAACUCUCUACGUAUGCGCUGACACUCUAUAAAUACACAACGACAAUUGAUGACAAAACAGUGUUAGUAGACUUUUGGGACACAGCAGGGCAGGAGAGAUUUCAGAGCAUGCACCCCUCUUAUUAUCAUAAGGCUCAUGCUUGUAUCAUGGUAUUUGAUGUUCAGAGAAAGAUCACAUAUAAAAAUCUUUCUAACUGGUAUAUGGAACUAAGGGAGUAUCGCCCAGAGAUUCCCUGCAUAGUAGUUGCAAAUAAAAUAGAUGCUGAUAUGAAGGUGACCCAAAGAAAUUUUAACUUUGCUAAAAAACAAGGACUGCCAUUGUAUUUUGUAUCUGCAGCUGAUGGGACUAAUGUAGUAAAGUUGUUCAGAGAUGCAAUUAAACUGGCAAUGUCCUACAAACAAAAUUCAAGCGAUUUCAUGGAUGAAGUAAUGCGAGAACUUGAGAAUUUUGAACUGGAAAGAAAAGAUGACACUACUGAUAAAGAUAACGUCUCCAAGGAAGAUAAAUCCAAGUCAGCAUGACCAGUAUUGUGAUGACUGCAGAAUUCCAGGGUUUUACUUGAGGGAUCCUUCUUCUGGUACCAUUCUUGGUACCAAUAGGACGGAAAAAACAGUUAUAAAACAGUCCAUGCUGAAAAUGUUACUUUAAAGGCAUACAAAGCUUUUAUGGGUAGAAUACUGAUUUUAAUGUGUGUGCACGAUACAUGGUUUCAAAUAAGAGGUAUCUUUUAUAUAUACAAAAACUCUAUCUGUUAAAUAACAUUUAAAUAAGGAUAUAAUCAGCUUUGUUUUCAUUUAAUUGAUUUAAUAGUUCAUAGUUGCUUCUCAACAAAUUCUGUUUGUCAGUCCUCGUUUGUCCGGAGGAGAUUAAGUAAACAGCAUAAUACAGCAUUGUAUUUUCUGACAGAUUGGAUCUCCAGUAAUUGUACUAGAAUCGAAAACAAAUGCUUGCGUUAGUUUUCAUACUGUUUUGAUAGAGGAUCUUUAUUUAUCAAGAAUGUACAGUGUAUGAACACAUCAUCCUCAAUUUGAAUGAAUUGUGCAAUAUUUAAUUUAAUAUGCUCAAAAUAUUUCUUUCUUGUGCAUGGUUAUAUUUUCUUGAAGUAUAAUUUAAUUUUUGUACUUCUUUUGUUCUUUGGUGCCUGCUAAUAUAUUUGGCCAGUGUGCAAAGGAAUAACAAUCUGUUGAUUAAUCAAGCAGGAUUCAACUUAUUUUAAUUUUUACUGUAACAAUAAAAACUUGCGUUCAUUAAAGUCAGAAGGUGUAGACCAUAUGCUAUAAAAAGGGAGACCUGUAGAAACUGAAUUAUAUUUGGUUAAAUAUCUAGUCAUUUAUUGAUUCAUGAAACUGAUUUUCAAUUACAAUUUCCUGUAGCCUGAACUGUGAAAAACAACAAUGGUCACAUUGUCCUUCUAUAAAUCAUCUUUGAAAUUGUUUUGGAAAAAAAAUGGAUGCCAACAUCAGGGUUUUUAAAGGCCUGGAUUGCAGAAAUCAAUGGUUUCUUUUAAUUUCGACCAGGGUAUACAAAACUAAAUGAGGAAGAUGUGCACUGUUUGAAAUUAUUCAACCUGUCUCGCGCUAAGUAGCGCAAAAUCUACAAACGGUUGAUGUUCUAUAGUCUGUUUCCUAAUUACUGUGAAAGCCCAUGAUUGUAUGUACUUUUAAAGCUGUAUUUUUAUAUUAUUACUUAUUCUGUAUAGUAUUUGUGCUAGCAUGUUGUAUGUCUAUUGAAUGCUGUAUCAUGGUGGCUAUAAGGAACGUAGUCAUUUUGGUUCUUUCAGUUUCAUAUAUACAGUAUAUAGCUACAUUUGUGUGCAGUAAUGCUUUAUUAUAAUCUUUGCUGAUAAUAUGUGUUAUUUGGGAAUCACAGGGAAUUUAUUUUAUAUCUAUUCCUCAUGCCCUAUUACAAAAAAUAGUCAUUUGUGAGCUCAUUGUGCAGUAAGAUUGUACUUGUACUGUACUAAUUGUAAUUUAAUAAGGAUGCAAGGUUAAAUUGAAUUGCCCAUUCCCAUGCCCAUACACGGUCCUGUCAUGUUCACAUUGGGAUUUAACUACAGAUGGCUUUGUGUGUUCAGUGAUUUAUCUUUUUUUAAAGUCUUCAUUAUCAGUUUGGUUACAUGUGUAUAAAUAUGCAGUUUAAAAUUGGUCGCACAUUUGAAACUACCUUUCCUCCGGAAAAUAGAAAGAGACUUAUGAAAAGACAAAUAAGCUAAAUAUGUUUUGCUUGAACAUACUGUAACAGCUAAAUUUGGAAUUUAUUCAAUUAAACUACUUUUAUGAUUGAUUAUGUAAUCCACUGUUGCUCACAUGCAGUAGGUUACAUCUAAACCAUGAUAACUUUUACUUAAAUUAUUCUCUUUUAUGCUAAUAAACAUGAUUAGGUUUAAAACUUAAUAGCAUAGUUGCGCCAGUAUAAUCCAUUGUCCCCAGUAUUUUGUGCUUUAGAUAAGAGUAGUCCUGAUCUAAGUUGAUCACAAAUAAAAAUGGGGAGUAUUUAUUUACUAACUACAGAUCUUAACAUACCUUAUCAUGCCAUGCAUUCAAUGCAAAAAUAAGAAAGUUAAAGAACUGCACAAUCUGUAAUUAUUUUAAAUAGCCAAGGAAGUUAUUUGAGAGAUUACCAUUCUCUAGUGUGAAGCAAUAUACAUUAGGCAGUGAGAGCAACAUCAGUUACCAAAAACAAAAUGUCCCUUUUUUGUGAAGUUGCAGGGGAAGGUAUUGUGUAAAUAAAAACAUGAACACAAUUUUAUGAUCCUGGUAUGUAACCCAAAGAAAGCAUUUAGGGAGACAAUAAAACUAGACCCAGGAAAGAUUAUAAAGUUUAAUUAUAAAUUUAUUACAUAAUAUAACAAACAUAGAUCUCUGUGGUGUAAGUACUGUAUCACAACAACAAGGUUAGAGGGUUUGACUUACACUCCAAAUUCAUUUUUUAAAUAUCUCUUACAAAAAGGUGAGAAGCAUCUUUUGUUAAAAAGAGAAGCACUCGGUGGAUAACUGUGCAUGUGCCCAUUCUGCAGAUCUCCUCUUUUGAACAGGUGAAGCAGAAUGCGGACAGAAAGGAAAUGUUCAUCAGACGUCAUCUGUAAUAAAACUACACAGGCCACCUGUACGCAGGGAGAGCAUUAAACCAAACCUAAUGCAUUGACAUAUCUGUUAUAGAUCAUGAAAAAGACAACACAAUGCUGUUUGAUUUAAUAUCCCCUAAACUUUGAUGAGCAUAUAUUAAAUGUAUUUUUUAAAAGUAAAAGUGAAAAAGAGGUUAGCCGAUUUUUUGUAAGAUUUUUUUUUACAAAAGCAUUUACUUGACACUGAAUGCAAUGACAUUUCUCUAUGAAACGAGCUACCCUUUUCAAAUAACUGCACUGUAUUUAAACUAUGUAUACCUUUGUGUCUGUUCUAUAUAAUUACACUUGGAAAAUUUUGAAGAAAAGGUUAAUAAGAAAUAUCCUAUCAUAAGUAAUAGCAAUCCUGGAUGUUGUUCACUCAUUUUUCCCCUUUUCUGAUCUAGAUUAAUAGACAUUAAUCAAAGUUCAAAUUGAACUGAAGUAGAGAAGCAGUGGUCUUGUACCUUUUUUUAUCUGAUAUUCUUUUGCCAUUUGGCUGAGUGCUUUUUUAUUUUUCCUGGAUCACGGUUUGUCUAACUUUGCAUUUGUCUUUCAGGUGACAUUUGACAUUAUGCUGUUUAAUCCCAGACAUUUAUUUUUUUUUCUGGCCUUUGAAUUUUUUUCUCUAUAUAAAAUGUUUAUCAAGUCUCUUGGCUUGAUAAUGAUAAUGGCAGCAUAAUAAAGCAGUAAUCCCAAUAGUAUAUGAAAUUUAAUCCCAGUUACAUUUAAUUAAAUGUUCUUAUUAAAAAUACAUUCCUAGCUUAUUUAAUGUAGAUUCAGAUAGGUAAAGCAGCAGUUUAGUGCUUGAAAUUCUUUCUAAUAUAUACAUUUUAAUAGCAGCGCUCUCUGGUUUAUUGCCACUAGACUUCAUAGCUCAUCUGGUGUUGAUGGCUGUUUAUUUUUAAAGAAAUGAGCUGUAAUAGAUAACAAAUGUUGUCUCCAGUUUGGUUUAAAGUGUUUUACAGUAUUAUUUUUUGGCUUUAGUAUUCGAGAAGCCAUUUGUAUUCUUACAUUGUAGGUCUUAGUCUCUGACUAUAGAUGGGCAUAAUUUGUGUACUGAUGGUUCUACUAUGAAAAGUUAUGAAAAAAAUGAUACAGCAGAUGUUCAUAUAAAAAUAUGCUUAACAUCAAGGUAAAACAACAUUGUCAAAAUACUGUACAUACUAUCAUAAAGAAGAAAAGUAUACAGGCAGCUGAAAUUGAUUGUGUUCUGUGUAGAGUACUGAUAUCUUUCUGUAGAGACACUGCAAGCAGUUCACAUAUGAUGGGCUUUCAGUAACUAUGUCUAUCAAUUCACACUAAUGGUGGGCUUCCUGGGGGCAAUGUCUACUCUUGUGGUAUACAGUCAAUAGGAAUGAUGUUCAAUUUAGAAACAAAUCCCAUGAUGAUUGUUAUAGAGUAAAUUCUUCAUUUAACUGUAUAAUCUUGGGUUUGUAUUUGUAGUUUGUGAUGGUGACCUUAAAAGUUUUGGCAAUUAUAAAUGUCAGUUUAUAUGCAUUUUCUGAAAACCUUUGUUCUAACUAUUUUCAUGUAGCAUUCCAUUACUCCUACUGUAAAUACUCUACAAGCAUUUUAUUAAUCCAGAUGCUUUGGCAACCUGAUAUAAAAUUGUCAUGUUGUAAAAUUCAUUAAUUGAAAUAGUUAGAGAGCAAAGGUCUCUCACCCUGUUCCUAAGGAGCUAGAGUCCUGUAGGAUUUGUAUUAUGAUUUUAAUAGUGAUGAAAAAGACAUCUGAAUUACAUUUGAAAGACAUCUGAAGACAUUUUUUUACCUGUAAUUAACUAAGCAACAUAUUUGGCCAAUCAAGCAUUUCAAUAUACAACAACUCUUUAGGACCAGCGUUGCAGAUCUGUGGGCUCAUGUCCCCACCAAGUUAUUCAGAUUUGUCAUUCAAAUGGUCAGAUCUGUGUGUGAUUAAAAUGCCACAGAACACAUUAAAACAAUUUCCAAAGGUGUUUCGUGCUAUCUCUGUAUAAAAAAAACAAAAGCUCACAAAACUCUUACCAUGUCAAAUUCACAACACAUCAAACUCAAUACCAUUUAUAUCUUUCCACAUAGGUGUGCAUAUGUUCAAGUCCUAUAUGUAGAAUGUAGAAUUACACUCUGUCUAUUUUUUAGAUUUGAAAUGCACUACAGUAUCUGACUUAAAUGAAAAUGUAUAUAUAACUGCUAUUUGAAGAGAUUUAUUGGAAAAAUUCCUAUGCCCCUUUAUUUUGACCUUGUUAGAUUUUGAGCUGUUGUCAGAAAGCCACUUAAUUCUGGAAAUGUUGCAGCAACCUAGGACCUAUCCCAGAAGCAUAGGUGUAAGGCAGGACUACUUGGGCUACUGGAAUGCCACUCCAACGCAGUACUGAACUUCUUGUUUAUUAAAUUUAACACAGAGUGUAAAAAUGGCUAUGCUAAAAUACCAUCAGUUUGUGCCCCCAUAAAAAAAAA